ACCAACGUAGAUAGUUUUGUACGUUCCAGGUUGAAAAGGAGCUGCUUGUAAAGACUCUGACCGAGAGGAGGUUGUCAACCAACAGCGGCACAGUGUUUUCACAACACACACGACCGGAGGAGGCCACGUCUGCCCGUGACUCCAUGGCAAAGUCUCUGUACGGCGCUCUGUUUGACUGGAUCGUCCUUCACAUCAACCACGCUCUGCUCAACAGGCGUGACAUGGAGGAGUCCGUUUGUUGUUUGUCCAUCGGAGUCCUUGAUCUGUUCGGCCUGGAGAACCUGCACCCCAACAGUUUUGAGCAGCUGUGCAUGAACUAUAGCAGCGAGAAGCUCCAGUGUUUCAGCAACCAGCAAAUCUUCAAACUUCAGCAGGAAGAUUAUGUGUCAGAGGGCAUCGGCUGUCAAAGCUUUGACUACAGUGACAACAGCGGCUGCAUACAGCUGAUCCGGGAUGGAAUCUUCAGCAUACUGGACGAGGAGAGCCACCUCCCUCAAUCAAGCGAUGAAGCGCUGUUGGACAAGCUAAAGUUGAGGCUCAAGGACGACUCGCUCUUUGCGGCCUCCACCGACUCGUUUGUGGUUCAGCACUUUGCAGGCAGCGUUCAGUAUUGUGUCAAGGGUUUCCGACAGAAAAAUACUGAUCACAUGCAGCCUGAAGUUGCGUGCCUUCUACGCAGCAGUGAGCGGUCAUUUCUGCAUCACCUGGUCACGUCCAGUCCGGAGGCUUUGUUUCGGUGGGGUGUCCUUCGAGCCACCUUCCGCAUCCUGGCAGUGUUCAAAAGCUUGGGGAGCAAAUACGCAGAGAAGAUGGCCUCCCAACGCUCGUCACGCAAAUCCCUCAAAGACAUGAAACCGAGACUUUCCAGCAAUACCUGCACGCUGGACUUCUCCUUCGAUCGCUCUGACGAACAUCCCCUUGACGUAUUCGAGGACAUCUUUGCCAAUUUCGAAAAGAGGAAGAAAACAAGAGCUGGUCGACGGAAGCAACUUAUUCCAAAGAAUCUCAUGAAUUUGCACUCCCUCCAACACGUCGUGGGUCUGGAUCACAAUCAAAGCCGCAAAUCUGCCAGCCACCGUGUCCCACCUGUGUCGUCUGCCACAGUUAGCGCUCAGUUUCAGAUGUCGCUCACAGAGCUGAUGGACACAUUGGCGAAAGCUGAAACUUUCUUUAUUUUCUGCGUGCGCUCCAAUGCUCAGAAGAAAAAGUUGCACUUUGAUGAUGAGCUUGUGUGCCGGCAAAUCCGCUACACCGGCAUCCUGCAGAUGGUUCUGGUCCAGAAGUCGGGCUACACUGCCAAAUACACUUUUAAGGAAUUUGUUGAAAAAUUCCGCAUGUUGCUUCCCAAAGAGGCAACCCCGUCUCCUGAGCACAUCACCAAACUGUUCGCCAGGAUAGGCUUGGACCGGAGCACCUACCAAAUAGGACACACUAAGGUGUUCCUUAAAGAAAGGGAGAGGCAACUGCUCCAAGACACCCUCAACAAGGAGGUAAUGCAUCACAUCAUCGUCCUCCAGCGCUGGUUCCGCACUUGUCUGAUGAGGCUGCACUUCCUGCAGAAGAGAGACGCCUCCCUCAUCAUACAGAGGAACUGGCGAGAGUUUUCGGGGAACCGGAACAAAGCUGCCUCCGUGAUCCAGACUGCAUGGCGCACGUCACUGAAGAGGUCGGAAAAACGGGCCGAAACACCCGAUGCUGAGAAUUCCACAAAAGGCCGACGUGGACGAGUCCGCUUGUCGGGAAAAGAACUGCGGCGCCAAGGAAAAGUGGAUCUCAGCCCCAACAGAAGCGAGCAGACGGACCCGGUCAACGGUGAGUCGGCAGCAAAGGGCACCGAGAGGCGGGAGGGUCAGGGAUCGCCGCCAAACCUCGGCAGACCCUUCUCCGUUCCUUUGGACUCCAAAAUGGGGAGCGAUGACAGCGGUGCCGGGUCCCCGAAGAGCAGCUCGCUGCAACGCUACAAAGACGGGCGCGCCUUUAAGGAGAAGCACGAGAAAUGGCGGGGGAGGACGAGCGAGGAGUCCAGUCCAGAGGUGCACCGGCAGCGAGACAAACGUAAAGAUAGCUUUCAGCAGAAGGGCAAGUCCAUGUCAGCUGAUGAACUGUCCAGGAUCAGCUCGUCUGGUUCCGACAGCUCGCCGUCUGCCAGCGAGGUCAGGGUGCGCAUGCGCAAGCAUACCAGACGUAAGCGGCGCUUAGCCUACGCCCGCAGCGGUUUGAUGGUUAACUUUGGCGGCUCCAAGGAGAGCGAGUACUGGAGCUUUCCGCUGCCGCCCAUGAGCCCCCUGGGGCCCAAUAUGAAGACCUCGGCCAGUAGCGUGGACGUCCGCGGCCUCAAAUCUCAGGUCAAGAUCCCUUCCGAGCCAGACGGAUCUAGGUACAGCCUUCCUGCGACCCGCCCUAAUGAUGAGUCCAUCGUCCAAAGAUCCAACCAAUCACAUCUCACUACGCCCGAUAAAAUUUGGUUUCUUAGCAGAUUAUUGCGAAAGCGACCAACGAAAGCAACCGCCAUCAGUGAGACACCGUCUGAGGAUAGAGCUAUAACCUUGCCCAGGUACACGCCUCUGACCUACCACUUGCCAGACCAGCACUCCGCCCGGGUCACUCGCAACCCCACCAUCAAAAUCAGCCGGGCCACUCGGGGCCUGCAGUGGAACGCCUCUCUGGAACGCGAGAUCACCAACCCCAAAGAGCUACGCAACCUGGACGAGUUUCUUGGCAACCAAGUGAACGACUUGCGAACACGAAUAAAAGAGCUGUCGCAAACAGAAGACAUCUUCCUCACAGCCACCAUGCAGUUCAGAGAGACUCUCAAAGGCAUGUUCUCUGUGCAGAAGCCUCAAAUCGGCUACAAAGACCUGAUGAAAGGCUACCAGAACAAAGUCACCUCUCUAGCCGGGCCCAAGCAGAAGAACGAGGUCUCGCUCGUGGUCAACUUGUUCCAGUCCAUGCUGGACGGCUUCAUCCGGGGGGAAAUGAAGCGGUUGGAUUCGGAGCCGGUCAAGGCUUCCAAGACGACCAAGAAGAGAAGGAAAAAGGACAAAUGUCCGGACGGUCCACUGGAUCACCGCUUCAGCACCUACCAGGUGAACAUCAUGCAGUCAUGUGACCUGUGCGGCUCAUACAUCUGGGGCAUGGAGAAAGCCUACAUGUGCAGCGAUCCAGACAGCAUGGAAGUAGUCUCCAGCUUGCCGCAAGCCCCCGUGUCCGCCCAAGUGUCCGCCCCCGUGUCCUCCCGCCUGGCCCGCUCCGUGGACCACCAGGAGGAGGAGGGUGUGUCCAUGCCCUGCCGGCGCCUGCCGCUGUACGUGGACUUUGAGGAGAUCGGCUGGUCGGGUUGGAUCGUGUCGCCGCGGGGCUACAACGCCUACCACUGCAAGGGCUCCUGCCCCUUCCCGCUGGGCCAGAACAUGAAGCCCACCAACCACGCCACCGUGCAGUCCAUCAUCAACGCCCUGAAGCUCAUCAAGAGCAUCCAGACGCCGUGCUGCGUGCCCGACAAACUCUUCUCCAUCAACCUGCUCUACUUCGACGACGACGAGAACGUGGUGCUGAAGCAGUACAACGACAUGGUGGCGGGCAGCUGCGGCUGCCACUGACCGAGGGAUGCGGCCCCCCCACGAACUGACCGCCUUGUAAUAUAUGUAAAUAGCCAUAAAUGAUAAUAUAUGACAGCCAUGCAAGUAAUAAUCAUGUGAAAGAUGUAAAUGUGCAUAUUUUAUGUUUUCUGUUGCCAAUGGGUAUAAAGUAAGAAAUAAAUUGUGUUUA